GGGUGAGUUUAUAAAGCAGCUGCAGCACUGACACAGACACAGAACUCUGCUUCUCCUGCUGACAACAGACAAACUGAAGUGUCGUUUUGAAGAUGUCCAUCACGAGCACUAUUUUGAAAUCACAUCACUUCCUGUGCCGUGUACCUGAAGAACCACCAGAGAUCAGCGACCGCGUCACAACCCGGAUGGAGGAGAGUCUGAUCAGAUCAACUCUCCAAACAACGGACCUUCACACCAACUGAUUUACACUUUGACAUUGUUGUCACAGAUUUUGUGUCGUCACCAGAAUGUCGUCUGUAUUUCGCUCAGCAUGGAAGUGGGGAACUUCAGUUUUUUUUAAACCAAAAUCAAAUGAUCCUGAAGAAACUUCACAUGUUUUUGACUCUGUUGUUAAUAUACCAUCAAACGACUGCAUUCCAGAGACGCCAGAACGUUCUCAGCGACUAGCGGACGCCGUUAGAGAUGAAAGCAAACUGCUGAAACCUCAGUCAGGGUCUCUCCCUGUUUAUAAAAUCCCCCUGAAAGAGGAGGACAUCACUGUGAACGGGUGCAAACGUUUCCACUUCGGGAAAGAGUCCCAUGAACGUAACCGCACCAUAAUGGUUCUUGGAGCAACUGGUGCUGGCAAAUCAACUCUUAUCAACGGGAUGAUUAAUUACGUUCUCGGUGUUGAGUGGAACGAUCCCUAUCGGUUUAAGUUAGUAGAUGAGGGUCAGUCCACCUCACAAGCUCAUAGCCAGACUACUGAAGUCACUGUGUACAAACUCAACCGUCGGGACGGCUUUAACAUUCCGAACUCGCUCACUAUUGUUGACACUCCAGGGUUUGGAGAUACGAGAGGUAUCGAAAAGGACAAAUUGAUCGUAGAGCAGCUUCGUAAACUCUUCUCUGCUGAGGGUGGUGUCAGUGAAAUCGAUGCUGUGUGUUUCGUAGCUCAGGCUUCUUUAGCACGACUCACACCAACACAGAAAUACGUGUUUGACUCAGUGCUCUCCAUCUUCGGGAAAGACGUGGCAGAGAACAUCCGGGUUCUGGUGACAUUUGCAGACGGCCAACGUCCACCAGUUCUGGAGGCGAUCAACGAGGCGGAUGUCCCGUGUCCGAAAAACAAAGAAGGACUACCGGUUCACUUCAAGUUCAAUAACUCAGCGUUGUUUGCCCAAAACAAAUCGUGUGCAGCAGAGAGCGCGAGUGAGGAAGAUGACGAGGGAGACUUCGAUAAGAUGUUUUGGAACAUGGGGAUAAGAAGCAUGAGGAAGUUUUUCACUGCUUUGAAUGUGAUAACGACCAAAAGCUUGACGAUGACUAAGGACGUCCUCAGAGAAAGACAGCAGCUGGAGGUCUCAGUUCAGAAUUUGCAGAAGCAAGUUAAAAUUGGGUUAAACAAGCUGGAGGAGUUAAAAGAGACGGCUUCACAACUGAGAGAUCACGAGGCAGAGAUCAGCAGAAACAAGGAUUUUGUGAUCAUAAGCAAAGUCAUGAAGGCUUUUCAAUAUGAUAAUUCUGGUUCUGGAUCUUACAUCACAAACUGUCAGCAGUGUAACUUUACCUGUCAUGACGAUUGUGUUUAUGCAAACGAUGCAGAUAAAAUACGCUGUUGUGCAAUGGGAUCAGAUGGGUACUGUACUCAGUGCCCAGGCAGAUGUGUUUGGAGUAUACAUUUUAAUCAGAAGUACAAAUGGGAGUACAAGGAAGUCAUAGAAAGAACAACGGUAAAAGAGCUGGAAGAAAAGUACCUGAAAGCCUCCGAGGCUGCGACGCCUGUGAAGUCACUGAUUGACAAACUGAGGGCUGAGUACGAUCUUGUGCAGGCUGAGGUGGUGAAAGUGAUGGGUGACUCUACAAAGUGUCUAAACAGACUUAAAGAGAUCGCACUGAGGCCAAACCCUCUGUCCACUCCAGAGUACAUCGACAUGCUCAUAGAAGGAGAGAAAGCUGAGGCCAAGUCGGGCUGGAAGAAACGAGUCCAGUAUCUGAUGGACAUGAGAGAAAAAGCAGAGUUCAUGGCUAAAGUGGACAGAGGAGAAGAAUUCCUCCAGAGUUCAUCCAGUGACUUCCAGUCUUUUCUUCAAGGUCCAACAAAGGACAGUGCAGACAAAGACACGACUGAUAACACCAACGAGAAGGGAGACGCCGAACAGGACCAAGAUGAGAAAGACGAAAACCAAGAUGAGAAAGACGGAGACCAAGAUGACAAAGACGGAGACCAAGAUGAGAAAGACGAAGACCAAGAUGAGAAAGACGGAGACCAAGAUGAGAAAGACGAAGACCAAGAUGAGAACGACGGAGACCAAGAUGAGAACGACCGAGACCAAGAUGAGAAAGACGAAGACCAAGAUGAGAAAGACCAAGACCAAGUUAACACUGAAGAUCAGGACCAAGAUGAAGAUCAGGAGCUGGAUUCAAAUCAAAGCUUUGAGGACCAAGACCCUGACAGUGAUUCCAUCAACGACCAGGAGGAGAAAGAUUCUGAUUUCAACCAAGACCAGGACGUCGCUCGCACUGCGACAGAGACGGACUGAGGCGUCUUCCAAACAUCUACAUUUUCAUUUAAACCGAAAUUAUCUCUGUCUGCAAGUGUUUUGGCUUCAUAUCAUUUUAAUCCCUGUCCAAACUAGCAUGCAUGUGAACACGGAUCACCUGACCAUGCAGGUACACAUGUAUGUGCCGCUGUAAACAGGAAGCAUUUGUUGUGAGUUGCAAAAAAGAGCUCAGUUAGGAAUGAAAGCAUCAAUGUUGAACGCUGAGGCAGGUUGUUUUCUGCAUGAAGAUGGUCAUGUGACAGGAGCCUGACGAAUCAGAGAGAAGGAACCAAUCAUCAAGAGGUUGUGAGCGUCUACGUUAUCGUUUCCAAACAUCUCGGUUUCUGUAAUGUAAUGUUGCUCUUUGUCAAAGUAGAAAGUUGAGAGCUCACAUGACAGCCAUGUCAACAAUGUAGUUCACUGGUUGAUGUAGGUCAAAUCAUAUCUGUGUCUUUAUGUGUUUCAUAUCUGAAUUACAUGAUAAAACAAACAGUGGAACAAAUGUCAGUUUGCUUGGUUUGAACCUGUGUUUUACUCACAGCUGGUUUUAUCUUUGCUUGUGUUCUAUAACUUUUUAUGUUUGGAAAACUUGAAGUUGAAGUUGUGUUAUUGUUUUGCAGUUUAUUCAAGUAUCUCUGACAGAAAUAUAUAAGUAAAUAAAUCCAAGUUGAACAACUGA